AUUGCUUGAUUAGUGUGGGCUAGUACAACAGCUUUUUCCGUCCCGAAAAUACAAAGAAAAAAGCUUCAUCUUCUUCAAUCCGAUCAAGUCACUCAGCCGAAAGAAAAUUUUUCAAUUUUUUUUUUUUUUUUUUCAUUUCCCCGGAUUCUCACUCUCUCUAAACCAUGUUAUCCUGCUUCCUUGAUCUUUGUCGGAUCUUCUUCGACUGCUGCGGAGAUGAUGAGGAACAAGAACGAAGAAGCAGCUACGGCGCCGGUUACUAUUCGCCGCUGCAAAGAGAGAGUUCGCCGAAGAGAUCGCCUGCGCCCGAAGCAUAUACACAAUAUACUGCUACUUAUAGUUGGAAAGCAUCAUCGCCGCCGCGGUUGAAACCUUCUUCAUCCUCUCUUGUUUCUUCAAAGCCUUAUUCUUCUUCGUCAGAUUCUUUUCCUUCUCCGUCUCCGGCGAAACCUCAAUCCAAACCUUCUUCAUCGUCUCUUGUUUCGUCGAAGGCUUCUUCUUCAUCAUCAUCAUCAUCAUCAUCUUCCUCCUUCUUAACUCCUUCCUUUACAGCUUCAUUUGCUUCUUCGUCUCCGGCGAAACCUCAAUCUCCUCACGCCGCAUCGGCCGGUGCAAAAACUUCGCAGCUGGCAAAACCUUCUUCAUCCUCUGUUGUUUCGUCGAAGGCUUCUUUUCCAUCAUCAUCUCCCCCCUCCUUAACUCGUUCUUCAACGGUUUCUUCUGUUCCUCCAUCUCCGGCGAAAGCUCAACCUCCUCAUGCUGCAUCUGCUGGUGCAAAAGCUUCGCAGAUAUCGAAACCUUAUUCUUCGCCCUCUCUUGCAGAAACUUCUUCUGCAUCAUCUAUCUUUUUAACUCCUUCCUUAACAGCUUAUUUUGCUUCUCUGUCUCUGGCAAAAACGCAAUCUCCUCACGCCACAUCGGCCAGUGCAAAAACUUCGCCGCUGUUAAAACCUCCUUCGUCCUCUGUUGUUUCGUCGAAGGCUUCUUCUUCGUCGUCAGCUUCCUCUUCCGUAACUCCUUUACCAGCUUCUUCUGCUCCUCCAUCUCCGGCAAAAGCUCGGCCUCCUCAUGCCACAUCUGCUGGUGCAAAAGCUUCGCGGCUAUCGGAACCUAAUUCUUCGCCUUCUCUUGUUUCGUCUAAGGCUUCUUCUUCAUCAUCUUCCUCCUUAACUCCUUCUUCAACAGCUUCUUUUGCUCCUCCUCCUCCAGUAAAAGCUCAAUCUCCUCAUGCCUCAUCAACUGGUCCAAAAGCUUCGCUGCAGUGGAAACCUGUUCCAUCGAAGGCUUCUUCUUCGUCAUUUUCCUUCUUAGCUCCUUCUUCAACAGCUUCCUUUGCUUCGCCAUCUCCGGCAAAAGCUCAGCCUCCUCAUGCCACAUCAGCUGGUGCAAAAGCUUCGCAGCUAUCGGAACCUUCCUUGCCCUCUCUUGUUUCGUCUAAGGCUCUUCCUUCCCCAGUAAAAGCUCAAUCUCCUCAUGCCGCAUCGGCUGGUCCAAUAGCUUCGCUGCAGUGGAAACCUGUUUCAUCGAAGGCUUCUUCUUCGUCAUUUUCCUUCUUAGCUCCUUCUUCAACAGCUUCCUUUGCUUCGCCAUCUCCGGCAAAAGCUCAGCCUCCUCAUGCCACAUCAGCUGGUGCAAAAGCUUCGCAGCUAUCGGAACCUUCUUUGCCCUCUCUCGUUUUGUCUAAAGCUGCUUCUUCAUCAUCUUCCUCCUUAACUCCCUCUUCAACAGCUUCUUCUGCUUCUCCAUCUCCAGCAAAAGCUCAGUCUCCUCACGCCGCAUCAGGCAGUGGAUCUCCUGCAAGAGCUUGGCCGCUAGCAGAACCUUCUUCGCCCUCUUCUGUUUCGUCGAAGGCUUCUUCUUCGUCAUCUUCCUCCUUACCUCCUUUAACGGCUUCUUUUGCUUCGCCCCAAUUUGAGCAGCGGAAUAAGAUCAGUCAGCUCCCCCGGUACGAGAUACCGAAGCAUCUGCGGGAGCAGAUCAAGAAUGAUGUCGUGCCCCAAGUGCUCAAAAGGCCCUUAUCCCCAUCAACUUAUGCUGAUUACUUUGCCGCUCUGCUUUAUGCAGAGGACUACUAUUCUGAGAAAUGGAGCGACUUUAUUUUGCAUGAUGUCAUGCUGGAAUUGCGUAAAAAGGACAGCUUCAAGAUUCAGAACUCAGCUGGAGGCAACAAGAACAACAAAAGUAAUGCUCAGAAGGAUAAGCCUUUUGUAGCUUUCGAGAUUGAUUCAGUUCCUGAGAAGCGGCCGUACCUCAUAUCAAGGGAUCAUGUCCUCGUGCGACCCGCUGGGAAGCAAAUUGAGCCCUUUCAGGGAAUCUUCUUCCGGGUCGAAAAGAGCAAAUGGGUGUUAGCCGAAUUCGGAGACAAUUUCCACAAGCAACACUCGCCCUCGAAGAAGUACGACGUUAGCUUCUCCUUCAACCGGGUUUGCUUGAAGCGAUGUCACCACGCGGUUUCGGCUGCAAUGGAUCCUUUCCUCUGCAGCAUCCUUUUCCCCGACCCACCCCAUAAAACAUUCCUUGGACCCAUCCAUGAUUUCAACUUCACCCAGAAUGACCGAGAAAGUGCCGUGAUUGCGAUAAUAAGCCAUAUUAUAAAUCUACGAAGUCCUGAACCUUAUCUUCUCGAGGGGCCUCUUUCAGAAACGCCAUCAGGCAAUCUCUCUGAAAUGGGGAAUGUGAUUCACUCAGCUAUUCUGCAGCUCUACAGAACCUGCACCAGCAGUAAAAUCCUUGUAUGUGCUCCGAGAAACCGGACAUUGGAUGCGCUAACAAAAAGCCUGCUGGAGGACAUCCCAGAAUCGAGAAUUUUCCGUGCCAAUGCAGCCUUUCGAGAGUACAAUCUCGUCCCGGAUGACAUUAUGCCGGUGUGCUCAUUUGAGGAGGAGUGCUUCACUUGUCCACCUCUAGCUGAGCUUGAGAACUUCAGGGUUGUUACCUCUACCUUCAUCAGUACAUUUAGGCUGAAAGCUGCUGGAAUUGGUGCUGAUCAUUUCAGUCAUAUCUUUCUCGUCGACGCCUCUUCUUCUACGGAGCCUGAGACUGUUGUGGCUCUCGCGAAUCUCGUGGGCAAGACUACUGCUGUCAUGGUGACAGGGUCACUACUCAAUAUGCCGAAGUGCGUGAGAUCGGAUAUGGCGAGGAGAAAUGGAUUGAAGAAGUCGUUCUUUCAGAGGCUUCGUGAGAUGGAGCCCUACUGUCUGGAUGAUCCUAUGUGUAUCACCCAUGUUUAUGGUGAUGAUAAACGAAAUGAUGGAACUAUGAUACUUCCAUCAAUGGAUACUAAUGGAUUCGAGUACUAAGUGCACGGCGAUCGUGAUUCUUCUGGUACUAGGUAUAGUGGAGUGGCCUGUACAGAUAUAUCGCAGAAAACAGUUGCUGCAGUUACUGUAUAUGUUUGUGGUUCAUGCUGAAUAAUAAAUAAACUGGUGCGUAUCUAAUAAUAACUUACUCCCUAUGAUGAUUAUUUCA